CUCAUUGAUCGUGCAGGCAGGCAACAACAAAAGAAGAAGCAGCAACGGCAGCAACGGCAGCAGCGCAGUAGCUGAAAUCAUUUGUGCGAAACAGAGUGAAGGAAAAUUGAAGAAUUCGCAGCGCUCAGCCAACAGAGCUGGAGUGCUAGACGAGACCACUUCCCAACAACAACAACAACACGAGCAGCAACAACGGCGACGACUUGUUGCUUAUUCACACACUCACACACGCACCCAAAUAGACGCUAUUAAGCGCUUGCAUAUAAACAUACAUAUAUCUGCGCUGUAUUGUUGUUGUUUGUGUGUGUGUAUGCAUGCGCAUGUGUAUGCGUGUGACCUUUGGCGGCGUUUCCCCUCGAGCAUUUGUAUGUCAAUAUGGAGACAGAAAUACAGCUGGAACUGCAGUCCCUUGAUAGAAAGGAACAGCACGAGGAGCAAACCGAACAGCAGCAGCCGCUGCUUGCAACAACAACAACAACAACAACAACAAGCAAGAACAACAAUAGCAAUGGAAAUGGAAAUGGAGCAGAGCUUGGUAUCAGCUCUGGUUCGGGCAACUCCAUCAAUGAGGCCACAUCGAGUCAAGCGCUGCCCGCCAUCUCACCAGCCACGCCCCCUGCGAGCACAUCCCGACAGCUGUUCAGGGAGGCAGCCGCUCAGCACGGCGGCCAGGAGUCAUUGGCAUUGCUGCAACAGGAACAGAACUACAUAGCUGCCAGCCAGCUGCCGAAGGUGCACAGCGAUGGCUCAAUGCCAGACGCGAACGCGGGCGUCUCCAGAAAUCCCUCAACAGCGGGCCGGCACGAGAAGAAGAUCGGCCAUCGGCGCGUGGCCGAGGGCGGCGAGGUGACCUAUAAGAAGAUACAGUCGAAGCAGAUUAUGGGCUCCAUACAGCUGGGCAUACAGCAUACGGUGGGCAGCCUGGCCAACAAGCCGAAGCGAGAUCUGCUGAUGAACGAUUUCUGGGAGAUGGAAACAAUCGCCUUUCCGCCCGACGGCUCCUCGCUGACGCCCGCCCACCAUUAUAGCGACUUUCGCUUCAAGGUUUAUGCUCCGAUCGCCUUUCGCUACUUCCGCGAUCUGUUCAACAUCGAACCGGAUGACUUCCUGAUGUCGAUGUGCGCCUCGCCCAUGCGCGAGCUGUCCAAUCCGGGCGCCUCGGGCUCCAUAUUCUAUUUGACCGACGACGAUGAGUUCAUCAUCAAGACGGUGCAGAAGAAGGAGUGCGAAUUCCUGCAGAAACUGUUGCCCGGCUACUACAUGAAUCUCUCCCAGAAUCCGCGCACGCUGCUGCCCAAGUUCUUCGGGCUCUACUGCUUCCAUUACAACUCGAAGAACGUGCGGCUGGUGGCCAUGAACAAUCUGCUGCCAUCGGACAUCAAGAUGCAUGCGAAAUACGAUUUGAAGGGUUCCACAUUCAGGCGAAAGGCGUCCAAGGCGGAGAGGCAGAAGGCGAGUCCGACGUACAAGGAUCUGGACUUUGCCGAGCAUCAUCCGAAUGGCAUCUUCCUAGAGACCGAUACCUAUACGGCGCUGAUGAACACCAUCAAGCGGGAUUGCAUGGUCCUGGAGAGCUUUCAAAUAAUGGACUACUCGCUCCUGGUGGGCAUACACAAUCUGGACCUGGCGGCCAAGGAGAAGAAGGAGGAGCGUAUACGCAACGCGAGAGCCAAACUGCAGCGCCGGGACUGCCCCGACGACGAUGCACCCGAGGCCGAUCAGGUGAACCAGCUGCAGCCGGUCUCGAGCUCGGCUUCCAUACCGGGCACCUCGGCGGCCGGACUGAAUCGGACGCGCAGCAUGAAUCGCCAACGUUUGGUGGCUCACUCCACGGCCAUGGAGUCGAUAACAGCCGACCUGGACGCGACGCUCGAGGAGGGCGUCGACGAGCCGAAGGGCGGCAUUCCAGCACGCUCCGAGAACGACGAGCGCCUGAUGCUCUACAUCGGCAUCAUCGACAUUCUGCAAUCGUAUCGAUUGGAAAAGAAGCUGGAGCACACAUUCAAGAGCAUACUGUACAAUGGCGACACGGUGUCCGUCUGCCGGCCGUCGUUCUAUGCGAAGCGCUUCCAGGACGCCAUGGGCAAGCAGGUGUUCAAGAAGACGCCCACAUUUCCGCUCAAACAUUCCCCCUCGAAGCGCAAGACGUCCGCCACGCAGCCGUUGCGCAGUCCGCUCAAUCGAACCAACGUGUCGAAUGCGCCCGGCAACAGCGGCAGCAGUCGGCCCACCGCUUUGACUCUGCUCUCCGGCAUGUCGACGCCGCCGCCUGCCUUCGACGACCUCCGAGGAGGACAUCACGGCAGGCGCUUCGACGACAACGCUGCAGCAGCGGACUUCCUCGAAUGCGCCACGCCUGCAGUCGCCCUAUUCCUAUGCCAGUUCGAUGCGCAGCAGCGACUACAGCGACGACGAUGAGAUCGCGGCCGCGGACGCUGGUGCUAGCGAUGCUCACGAACAGCAGCUGCGCAGCACUGGGCGUGGCAAGGAUCUGCGGUUGAUU